AUGGAGGAACUUGAAAGUGACAUCGGGCCAUUAAGCAAGCGCCGCGACCUAGCUCCGGCGCGGCUUCCGCGAAGUACAAAUGCUACACCUAAACCUACAUUUCGCAGGCUUGAUGAAGCUAUUCCCAUAUUACCAGUGCGUGGAAAUCGAUUCUUUACUCACAAACUCGCAUUUCGGUAUGUUAACGAGAACUUACAAGAACCUACCACUGUUGAAAAUAGACGCCUUCAACAAUAUGAUCAAUUAACUGUUAAGAUCAUGGACAACACUGAAGAACACAAUGAUUCUAAUCCUAUCACUAUUCCGUAUUACUGUGCACAGGAUGUGGAUAAAUUUACACUAAAUUAUCACAACCGAAAGGAGCAGCUUCACGAUUUACCACCAAAUAGAAUAGCUAUUAAUGAAGAGCGGCAAUCGAAAUCAAAGAAAUGUUACAGGAAGAGAAACCGUUCUCAAGAAUCAUCAUCAUCAUCAUACAUUAUCCGCCGAGAUAAAGAUAAACAAAGUCAUCGUCUGAUUAAAAUCAGCAUUUGCGAACUUAACGAGCAAGAAGAAAAUGUCAUCCCCGAUCUUAGUGCUAAUACAAGUGUUCAAUAUGUUGUGAUGGAUUCAAUGUAUGAUGAAGUGUUAGAUGCUACAAAUUGUCUUAUAAAAAAAUAG